CCGUCUGGUGCGGUGCGCGGCCGGCCACGUGACCGUUCUCGGCGCGAGCUCGUGUCAGAGGUCAGCUCGCCGCCGUGGGGGGAGCGCCGCGGGGGGCCGGGAAGUGGUGCGAGACGGAGGGGUGUGAGCACAGGUGGAGUGGUCCAGUGGACGGGCAGAUCCGCGUCACAGACAGUCCGCUGACAGCCAGUGCGGUGUCCGGUGUCCCAGAACGGAGGUGACGCGUCGUCGCUGGUCCAAGGAUCUUUCAGGCGGCAGCGCCGCGUACCGCGCCCGCCCGCGUCAGUCUCGCCCUGCGGCCGGCGCGGGCCGGCGGUGCGUGUGUUCAUGUGCCGGCGCGCUGCGCCACUAUCCUGAUGGGCCAUGGUGGACUCGCGCGGAGCGCUGUUGACUGUGCUGCUGCCUCUGGCGGCGCUGGCGGCGGCGCCCAGCGCCGGCCGGCCCCCUCCGGAACACCAUCGGUCAGGCAGGAUGACCGCCACGUCAGCGGGGCCGUACCACAUCACGUACCCGGAGCGGGUCCAGUACGACGGCUCCCACAUCACGCACGACGUCAGUCAGACAUAUGACGUCGGUGACGCCGCCCCCGAGCCGUGGCGGGGGCGGGGGCGGCGCUGGCGGCGGGGACUGCGCCGCCGGGACCGCACGGCCCACUACCGGCUGCAGCUGAGCAGCGACGAGGAGGUGGUGCUGGACGUGAGACCCAACCGGCGCCUGAUCGCGCCCGGCUUCGUGGUGGAGCGCCGCUCGGAGGCGGGCCGGCCGGGCCGGCUGGAGCGGCUGCGGCGCCACUGUCUGAUGGAGGGACGGCUGCGCGGCCGGCCCAACUCGAUGGUGGCCAUCUCCGCCUGCCAGGGACUGCUGGGCUACAUUCACACGGAGGACCAGCAGUACAUUGUAGAGCCGGUCAGGGGUGAGGACGCACCCCGGGACGGCCCGAGGCCCCAUCUAGUCUACCGGCGCCACGCACCCGGCACCGGACCGAACGGGGGCGCAUCGGAGCGGGGAACCGGCACCUGCCGGACCGCUGGUUCGCGGUCGGGCCGCGGAAACUGGACGGCCUCGGAGCGGGCCUGGAGCCGGGCCCGGCGGUCAGAGGCGGCCAGGGUUCGCCGGCGGCGUUCCGUCAGCUUCGAGCGCAACGUCGAGACGCUGAUCGUCGCCGAUCCCGACGUUGUGCAGUUCUACGCGGCGGAUAACCUGGAGGCGUAUCUUCUUACUGUUAUGAAUGGGGUAGCGCAGCUGUAUCAUGAUGCCAGCAUCGGUAACGCCAUCAACGUGAUUCUGGUGCGCAUCAUGGUUCUGGAGGCGCCCGAGGAUAGCGAUUUAUACUUUAACAUCAGCGGCGACGGUGACAGUGCGCUAAAGAGCUUCUGCAACUGGCAAACCGCUAUGAACCCUUCAAACGAGAGUCACCCAAACCACCACGACGUGGCCGUGCUUCUCACCAGGCGCAACAUCUGCAGUGGGAACCAGACCUGCAACACGCUCGGCAUGGCUGAGGUCUCGGGGAUGUGUCAGCCAUCGCGCAGCUGCAACAUCAACCAGGACACGGGUCUCUCUGUCUCCUACACCAUCGCCCAUGAGCUGGGACACAAUUUCGGAAUGUACCACGACGGGCCCGGGAACGGCUGCGACCAGCAGAACGGUCACCGGAAGCACGUCAUGUCACCGAAUCUGGUCAAUGACGUCACACCAGUGGUGUGGUCUCGCUGCUCGCGCAGAGAGAUCACCAAGUUUCUCGACCGUGACUGGGGACAUUGUCUGAACGACUCGCCAACAGGUCCGGAGUACAGCUACCCUCAGGAGCCGCCGGGGAUGCUGUAUGACGCAGACCACCAGUGUAAGCUGCUGUACGGACCUGCCGCCUCUCACUGUCAAAUGGGGAACGUCUGUGAGACGCUCUGGUGCAGCGUGGACGGCCGCUGUGUCACCAAACUGGAGCCAGCUGCCGAGGGCACCAGCUGCACCAGCCCAGAGGCACCAGACGCCGUCACGUGGUGCUCAGCCGGUGAGUGUGUGGAGAUGCAGAGCCGGCCGCGAGCCGUGGACGGCGGCUGGGGCGGCUGGGGGGAGUGGAGCGCCUGCAGCCGGACCUGUGGAACCGGCCUGCAGAGCUCCACCCGCCACUGCGACCGACCCGUGCCCGCCAACGGCGGAAAGUACUGCGUCGGCGAGAGGCGGCGCUACCGCACCUGUGCCACUGAGCCCUGCUCUGAGGAGGGGGCGUCGUUCCGCGCCCAGCAGUGCUCGGCGUUCGACACGGUGCCCUACCAGGGCCGUAAUUACACCUGGAUGCCCGUCUACGACCAAACGCUGCCGUGUCAGCUGAUGUGUCAGCCUGUGGGCCACCACUUCACGGCCGUCCUAUCUGACACGGUGGUGGAUGGAACGCCGUGUCAGCGCAGCGCCGACGUCUGCAUCAACGGAAAAUGCCGGGUGAUCGGCUGUGACGGUGUGUUGGAUUCGGACGCUCGCGCCGACCGCUGCGGCGUAUGUCACGGCAACGGCAGCCUAUGUCACACGGUUCGUGAUACGUUCACGAUCGACCAGCCGACCAACGGUUAUUUCGUGGUGGCAGCCGUGCCGGUCGGGGCGCGAAAUAUUCGAAUGGAGGAGUUGGCGGGUACCGGUCUGGGCAGCUUCCUUUCCGUCAGCGGCACCGUCAGAGCCAGCGACAGUGACACCGGCACGGGUGGCGAGAUGGACGCUGAGGAGGGCACCGCUGACCAGCCAGGGGAACUGAACGCUAAUGGUCUGAUUCAGUGGAGCGGUGAGUAUCCGGUGGCUGGCUCGGCUCUCCUCUACUCCAGAGAGGAACAGAACGAGACAAUCACCAUACCGGGCCCUCUCAAAUCACCACUGGUGCUGAAGGUACUGCUGCAGGGGAGCGUGACUCGGGUGCGGUACGAGUACACGGUACCGGGACAUGAGGGCGCCGACGCACAGGUGUUCUCCUGGAGGUACCAGGACUGGGAGGAGUGCUCCAAACCGUGCGGCGGCGGACAGCAGAGGUCCUCGGCGGCGUGUAUGGAGGACGAGGCUGGCAGGGUUGAGGACAUCUACUGCAAAUCGGAGAAGCCGCCCGACCGCGUCCAGGCCUGCAACGAGCACGACUGUCCGGCCAGGUGGUGGACGGGCCCGUGGUCGCCGUGCCCGGCAGAGUGCGGCCUCACUGGGAACCGCACUCGCUCCGUACACUGCGUCCGCUCCGGCAAAGGAGUAACAACAGCGCUCAGCAACGACGAGUGCGACCCGGGAGAGCGGCCCGGCGACCAGGAGGCGUGCAGGAAGGAGCCAGCCGACUGUCUGUGGAAAACCGGCCCCUGGAGGGAGAAGUGCUCGGGCGGUGACUCGUGCCGCCGCACGCGGCUCGUCUGGUGCCCGGUACCGGACGGCUGCGGUGCCGCGCGCAAACCGUCCUCCAGUCACUCGUGCAGCGCUGCGCGGUGUCGGAGACGGCACCGGUUCCACCACAAACGGCGGCGGCCGCACGGCGCCGCCCGCGACGCGCCCUCUCUCACCCUGCUGGAGCGUGACGAGAUCGACAGCGAGGAGACGGCCGAGGAGGAGGCGCCGCCGGCAGUCUCGGCGCACCGCGGCCGGGACGCCGCGCGGCUGAUGGCGCGCUUGCAGAACGCCCUGCCGACCGGGCCGCUGGACGGGGGGCCGCCGGGCAACUACACGUGGCGCCUCGGAGACUGGGGAGAGUGUAAUUCGGUGUGCGGAGCGGGCCAGAAGAGUCGAACGGUUCAGUGCGUCGACGCCGCACACAAGACCAGCGUCGAGCUGUCCCGGUGCUCUCUUCCCAUUCCAGACAUGUACGCAGAAUGUACACAGCCGUGCCUGGAGUGGCAGGUGGCCUCCUGGGCGCCCUGCUCGGUCUCCUGUGGCGCUGGAAAGGUCACCCGACAGGUCAGCUGCCCUGAGCCGAGCCGAUGUGACCUGAACCACCGGCCUGCCGACUCAAAACCCUGCUGGGAAGGACCCUGUGCACAUUGGCAGCUUGGUGAGUGGCAGCCGUGCAGUCGCCCGUGUGGCGGCGGGUACAGCCGCCGCUCGGCCGUCUGUAUCAGUCUGAUCACGGCUCAGCCCACGGACGGGUGUGGGGCACGACCUCUGACCCGAAGGGCGUGCAACCUGGAGCCCUGCCCGGGCAGCGCCGGCGCGGGGCAAUGAGAUAAACACGGCCGGUGAGCGGUGGUCCUGCUCCGGUGGUGCUGCACGGCCGCGCUCCUGAGACGGCGUGGAGCCCACCUUGAUGUGCUGUUCGCGCAGCGCUCCUGGCCACCCGCCGGCUGCUGGCGGUGGCUCGGCUGCGCCCGGCUGCUGGUGGCUCCUCCGCUGCGCCCGGCUGCUGGUAUCUACACUGCGCCCGGCUGCUGUUAGCUCGGCUGCGCCUGGCUGCUGUUAGCUCGGCUGCGCCCGGCUGCAGCCGCUGUGGAGCUGAGGUGUGAGUUCGCCGCAGCUCCCGGCCGGCGAGGGUCGGCUGCCGGGCCGGCCUGUGGACUACUGGGCUCGUGUGACCGCCCGACUUAGGCCGUCAGAGGUAACUUUGUGAUAUGCAGGCGAGGUUCUACGGGACCUAGCGGGUGGACGGGAGGGUGUACUCGACCGCCCGCGCCAGUGUCGUUUAUAGUUCCGUAUCGCCGCCGAGGCACAGGCGGUGACCGUUGUAACAGCCCUAUGUAAUCGUUGAUAUAUGUGGAGAUGUUUUAAAAACAGCAGACGUAUUGCAUCUCACAGGUCAAGCGCUGGCUUUUGUUGAGCUGCAGUGAAUUCUGAGAGGCGUCAUGAAUAUUUAUCCGUGCUGAAGAAGGGAUCGUGCAGGGAAGAGCUCACCCACCCUGAUACCGCAUUGUUUGUUAUUGUUCGGUGCCACUAAUACCUAAUGGUCGUUCAUCUAAAUCGAGAGUAUGCUUGUUAACGGGAAGCAAGUGUGGUUUGAAUUGUGUUCGCAACGCGUUCUCUUGCAAAAAUAAAUGCGAUACAUAAAUGUGGGGCAAGCUUAGCUCUGCCAUUUCCUGAAA